AUGGCAGAAACUGCCGCCAGUUCCGGCCACAGCGCCACCAAUCCCUUGCUCAAACCACUACAAGCACAAGAUAACGAUGUUGUGAAAGGCGAUGACCGGGAUUCAAUGCCACGCGGACACAAAAGCCAUGUCGCUAGCGAGCCAGAUAUUUCGGCCGUGCGCCGAUUUCUCAUCUUGGCUACGCUGGCAGCGGUCAUUACCGCCGUGGAUCUGACGUCCUUUGGUGCCUUCUUCACGACCGUGGCACUGAGCAAGAACGCAAAUGGAGGAGCCGACUAUCACAUGGCAGUGGGUGCAGUGUUCACCAUGCUGCAGGCCGGUUGUGUCCUGUCCGCUCCGUUCGUGACCAGGGAUCUACCCUACAUUGGUAGCAAGUACAUGAUGGCGCUGAGUAUCGCCACCAUGGGAGCAGUGCAGGUGAUAUUUGCGUUCGUCGACCGGAUUGCAGACUGGAGAGUGUUUCUAGUCUACUGCUACAUCAUCAGAGCCAUACAAGGUGUAGGUUACUCCGGUGUGUCCAUUUCGACCAGUAGCUACAUCACGCAGCUCUACCCGAACAACGUGGGCUUCGUGAACGGCUUCAUGUUCACUUUCACCUAUGUUGGCCACGCCGCAGGCAUGUUUCUUGGCGGCGUGCUGUUCGAAGCAGGUGGGUUUCCCGCUCCGUUCCUGCUGUCUGGCCCGGCAAUGCUGUGCUGCGCGGUGGCCGUCAUGGUUGUUAUCGUGGAUAUUGGCGGCGAAGUGGAUGCGGACGGCGACAUUUCGGAGAAGCACAUUAGUGUGCGCGUCAUUCUGCGCCAGCCAUGGAUCUGGGUCCUGAUGGUUACGGUAGCUUUGUCUCCUGUACCGUACAGUGGCAUAGAGUCGGUGCUCGGGCUGCACAUGAGGUCGGUGUUUGGAUCACGAGCCAUAUCCGUCGGCGGAGUUCUUUCGACGAAGAUCGCAGUCGGAGCACUAUCGUGUCCGGUGAUCGGUUACGCAUUGGACCUGGGAUACAGUGCGCAUGUUUCUGUCUUCGUCUCCUUUCUGCUCACCGGCACUGCGUGCCUUCUGCUGGGUCCGGCUUCGUUUCUACACCUGGGCAGCUCUCUGUGGCUUGUGUUCCUGUCGGUAAUACCGAUGGCCGUGGGGCAUACUGCAAUGACCGUCUCUAGUAUCUAUGCCAUGACGCAGCAUUUGCAACGGGUCGGUGUUGGAUCGGCCGUGCAGGUGCGCGUAGCCAUUGCCGGUAUAUCGCGGGUGUGCCAGUCAUCCGGCUACGGCCUGGGACCGCUUCUCACCACGCCGCUGGUGGCUCUGCUGGACUUUCGGACUACGUGGACCGUCUACGGUCUCAUCUACUUGGCCCUGGGAGUGGUGUUUGCUGUCUUAUCUUGCCUGUACUCAGUGCGGCACGGACAUAGUGCGCAUAAACGUACGAGUGACAGCCUGGCAGCUUCUGAUUCUCCCGGCGCUGUCAUGGCAGCAGCCAAUGUCAGCGCUGGUAGCCGGAGUGUGGCCACUGAGAAUAUUCCACUGAAUCCCCGGUGA